GCUGUUGGGGGUGAGUUGGGAGGGGGGAGCAGUUUUUCAGGACACACUUUGGGACUGCACAUGACCCCCAUCCCCUUUCCUGAAUUUCCUUUUAACACCAUCUGCCUUGCACUGAUCUCAGACACAAGCAGGAGCCCACACUCUGCGCCAGCAGCGACACCUCCCAAAGGAAGAGAUGAGCCAGAGCCCGACCCCAGCAGGAGGCAUCAGACAUUAUUAGGCAGGGGAUGAGCUGGGGGCCUCAGGAUUGCAUUUAUCUGGAAUUAGCGCAGGUUUCACUCAUCACAGUGAGGGACUGAUUUCCUUCUGGGAUCUGUGUGUGCAAAGCCCAUCUCCAUGGCUCUGUCUGUUCCCAGUCACCCCAGCCCAAUUCAAAGGACUUUCCCUUGUGACUCUCUUCAGAUCAGCCCAUCAGCUGUACCCCCUUAUUUCCCAACAUUGCUGCCCCCAAGCCAGUACAUGAGCAUCCUGGCCACCCCUCAUGAGAUGUUUAACCCUCUGAAAUCCCUGGGCAGGCUGGUCAGCAACUCUUCUCAUUUGGGGUCCUUCAACUUCCGAGACCUCCCCAUCCUACUGAAUCAUGGUUCCCCCCCAAAUGAUGCACAAUUGAACCCGCUCCUGGGAGCCUAUUCCCUCCUCACUAAGGUGCAACAGCAGCAGCAGCAGCCUGUCUCCCACAGCAAACAAGACUCUCUUAUCCGUGGCUCCUCUCUAACCCAAGCCUCCAACUCUAGCAGCCCAGAGAACCCCAAAUCUCCCAUUGUCCCCAAAAAGUGCAGAAGUGUGUCCAUGGGCGUCCCCAGCCUAGAGGUGAGACCCACUCGCACUUACCACUUCACAGAGGAAGACUUACACACAGUGCUCUAUGGAUACACCUAUGGUAGCGACUCAAGGACCCGGAGUAUCACUCACGCCCUGUCUGGCCUGCGCAUUCCCUCCAGCACUUCUACAGGGCUGGAUACACACAUACUGGACAGGGACUCGUUGCAGUUGCCAGAAGGUCUGACAGUGCUGAACACUUCCUAUGGGACCUUGCCCAGAUCUGGAGUUUUCUGCAAGAAUCUCAUCCCCAAAGGAGCCAAGUUCGGUCCAUUUCAAGGCAAAGUGGUGCACCCCAGCGAAAUAAAGACUUAUGGGGACAACUCACUUAUGUGGGAGAUCUUUGAUGAGGGACGACUCAGUCACUUUAUAGAUGGGAAAGGAUCCUCGGGGAACUGGAUGUCCCGAGUAAAUUGCGCCCGCUUCCCUGAGGAGCAGAACCUGAUUGCGCUGCAGUGCGAGGGGGAGAUCUACUAUGAGUCGUGCAAAGAGAUUCUCCCUGGGCAGGAGCUGCUCGUCUGGUAUGGGGACUGCUACCUGCAAUUCCUCGGCAUCCCACUCAGCCUCAAGGGCCAUGGGGAAGGAAGGCCACCCUACCAACCCACGGAAGAGCCGGCGGCCGCGGAGGGAUACAAGUGCGAGCGAUGCGGAAAAGUGUUCGCCUACCAAUACUACCGGGACAAGCACCUCAAGUACACGCGCUGUGUGGAUCAGGGGGACAGAAAGUUCCCGUGCCAUCUGUGCAACAGGUCCUUUGAGAAGAGGGACCGGCUGCGGAUUCACAUUCUCCAUGUACACGAGAAGCACCGGCCCCACAAGUGCACUGUCUGUGGGAAAAGCUUCUCCCAGUCCUCCAGCCUGAACAAGCACAUGAGGGUUCACUCCGGGGAGAGGCCGUACAAGUGUGUUUACUGCAACAAGGCAUUCACUGCGUCCAGCAUCCUUCGCACACACAUCCGACAGCACUCGGGCGAGAAGCCCUUCAAAUGCAAACACUGCGGCAAAGCCUUUGCGUCACAUGCCGCCCACGACAGCCACGUGCGUCGCACUCACACCAAGGAAAAGGGCUACGUCUGCUCCCUGUGCGGGAAAACCUUCCUGGAAAUGGAAGAAUUUCGCUAUCACAUGCAAAUACACUCCGGCCUUUAGCGAGUUCUCUGCUGACGCCCCAUUCCCUCUCUCCUUUGGACUGUGCCAAUCUUAAUUUAUUAUUGUUUUCAAGAAGAAGCUUAUUUAUACACUAUUCUGUGAAGAAAUGUAUGUUCAGAUAUUAUGGAAUGUUAUAUAAGGAUUCAACCCUCCUAUAGCAAAUGUACACUUAAUUUAUUUCAGAUUUAUGCCUCAGAAUGACAUGGUUCAUUAAAUAUGGUAUCCAGCUA